CCAGAGUUAACUUCCAUGUCUGCACAGACUGUUUACCUCGUCUCCGGUGCCAACCGUGGCUUCGGUCUCGGUCUCGUCAAAGUCCUCCUCGAGCGUCCGAACGUCCUUGUCUUCGCCGGCGCUCGCGAUCCCGACAGCGCCGCGAGCCUCAAAGAGCUCAAAGAUUCAAAUCCAGACAAGCUUCACAUCGUAAAGCUCGUCUCCGCGGACAAGAACAACAAUGCCGCUGCCGCCGAAGAGAUCGGUCGAGUUGCAGGCCGUCUGGACAUCGUGAUAGCCAAUGCUGGGAUCAGCAAUUGCUUCGAGGGUGGUCUGACUAUGCCGGCAGAGGAGAUGACCAGGCAUUUUGAUAUCAAUGUUAACGGCCCUCUUCUGCUGUUCCAAGCGACCUAUGACGUGCUCAAGAAGAGCUCUGAUCCCAAGUUCGUGGCCAUUUCAAGUGUAGUUGGAAGUAUCGCGGCGGGUGGCACGAAUUUCGAUGGCGGAUUUUAUGCGUAUGGGACGUCGAAGGCGGCGCUCAACUGGGUAGUGCGCAAGCUGCAUCAUGAUUUUGAGGACUUCGUAAUCUUCCCGAUGAACCCAGGCGCUUUGGACACCGACAUGGCGACAGUUACCGUCGCGAAUGAGCCGUGGUUGCAGAAUGCGCUGCCUCAGCUAAGCAAGCCUGAGGAUAACGCGCGCAAAUGCCUCGAGCAGAUCGAAAAGGCGACGCGGGAGACGGCGGGUGGGAAGUUUCUAGAUGUCGAGGAGAACACGACUUUGCCCUGGUAAAGUAGAAAGUACACCGU